CCCACCACGAGCACAGAAGUAGGAUUGACCAACUAAUACUCCGACUCGUCACCGAGUCUUCAUCCUAAUCGCCACCAUGCCAAACAACAAAAAGAAGAACUUUUACGCCGUGUCGAAGGGCCUCUUUGCACCGGCAAUAUGCUCCUCGUGGGCACACGCUCAGCGCUUGGUAACUGGGUAUUCUGAAGCCCAGUUCAAGGGCUUCGCCGCAUACGACGACGCAAGGUAUUACCUCAAAGACCACGGCCACGAGGAUUUUCUUUUCAUCAGCGCCGUUCCCUCGGAGACCAAGGAUAUACGAAGCGACGUCCUACAUGCACAUUUCCUUUCAUCGGGGCCUUCAAGGCGUGGACCAAAGUUCUACGCUGUUGCUAACGGCCAGAACCCCGGCGUCUACUCUGCAUAUGGGGGUGACGCUCGGGAGCAGGUGGACAAGUUCUCCGGGGCGUGUUAUAAAGCCUUCUCAACCCAAGAAAAUGCUCAACAAUUCAUUGACCUUUAUAAUGAUUUGCACAACUCGGUAGUAGAGGUACGGAUACCGAUACGACCUGAGAAGACGACGAUGUGAAUGCGGUGGAUAAAUUAUCCAGUCUCUUUGGCCAGGCUACCGUAGUCUAGCAUCACCACGGGAAGAUGGAUGCUCUGUUGUAGGCAAGCAAACUGACCUUGUGCACAUGAAGCCUUGAGUCCUGACGCUUCCAAGUAGACUGUUGCGGAUUAUAUAUGACAAUCUCAUGCUUAGACAUCUCUUAUUACCAUUUGAUGUUAUUACUACGGCGUCGUCUAGAAAAGAUCUCAGCAAGG